AUGGAUUAUAAAAUGGAUGGAUAUUUGGACCAGCAAGUGCCUUACACUUUAGCAAAUAAGUCUCAAGGAAAUGGGCCCCUAAAUAGACUGUUGAUGGCAGCGAAAAGGAAAUACAUGGACACAGAAUUACCCCCUCAGGAAUCAGAAGACCUCUUCCAGGAUUUAAGCCAACUUCAAGAGACAUGGCUUACAGAAGCUCAGGUUCCUGACAGCGAUGAGCAAUUUGUUCCCGAUUUCCAUUCAGAGAACUCGGUGGCAUUUCACAGCCCUCCAGUCACUAUCAAGAAGGAACCGCAGAGUCCGGGCUCCGACCCCACCCAGUCCUGUAGCCAUAAGCAGAACUUCAGCUACCCCAGUGGAGAGCAGUGCCUUUAUGCCAGUGCCUAUGAGCAGAAAAGGGCUGCAGGGGGAGCUAAGAGCUCCUGUCCAGGGACCCCCAUGUCUCCUAUGCAGCAGCACUACUCCCCCAAAUCUGCCGCGGCCGGACGGCCCGACGCUGGCUUCAUGAACCCUGCUGCCACCUCUCAGCCACUGCCUAGCAAUACUUACCCCAUCAAUACCAGUUCCAGGUAUCAGGGCCCUUCAGGGGAACCCAUGUGCCCCCAAUUCCCCCCUCCAGGGCCAAACUUCCAGCGCAUACCAUCGGUCUCGGCAGGCCACGGCAGUAGUGGAACCGGGGGUGGAGGGGGCGGAGGGCCAGGGGGUGGUGGGGGCGGCGCGUAUCAUCGGCAGCACUCCGACCCAUGCAUGCCGUACCUGCAGCAGAGCUUUAAGCAAGAAUACCUGGACCCUCUUUAUGAGCGGGCGGCUCAUAUGCCAGGGCCUGGACAUGUACCAAGACACGUGCCGCAUCCUCACUCGCACCUGCACCGGUUCCCAUCAGCCCACAUGAUGGUGAAGCAGGAGCCCACAGACUACUCCUACGAUCCCGAUGUGCCUGGAUGUCCCUCUAUGUACCACCACAACGAGGGCUACCCAAAUCCCCAGCACAGCAAUGAAGGUUAUCUGUUUGAAAGUGACUCCCGUGUGGUUCCAGAGAAGUUCGAAGGUGAGGUAAAGCAGGAAGGGGGCGGAGUUUUUCGUGAAGGGACACCGUACCAGCGCCGUGGCUCUUUACAGCUCUGGCAGUUCCUAGUGGCCCUGUUGGAUGACCCAGGCAACGCCCACUUCAUCGCCUGGACAGGGCGCGGCAUGGAAUUCAAACUCAUUGAACCUGAAGAGGUGGCCAGGCUGUGGGGCAUGCAGAAGAACCGUCCAGCCAUGAACUAUGACAAGCUCAGUCGCUCGCUGCGCUAUUACUACGAGAAGGGAAUCAUGCAGAAGGUGGCUGGGGAGCGCUACGUUUACAAGUUUGUCUGCGAGCCCGAGGCGCUCAUCUCCCUGGCCUUUCCUGACAAUCAGCGGCCCAGCCUGAAGGCCGAGUUUGAGCGUUAUGUUAACGAGGAGGACACGGUGCCCCUGUCCCACUUGGACGAGGGCGUGCCCUACACCACAGAACAAGCCCCACAAAAUGUGGGCCCCCAGCCCUACUCCAAAGGCUACAUGUACUAAGGCCACCCCUCCCAGAAUCUUCCUGUUGUAACAACCCAUCAGCAUACACCCCGUCCCCAUGCACCUCUUGCACAUGCCCAACCCUCCCACUUGUAUAUAAGGCUAUGGUGUUUUUAUUUUAAAUUAAUCUCAUUAGGGUUUUGUUUGUUUGUUUUCCUUUUUGAGUUUUUAAGACCUGCAUUCCUCUUAUGUCUGAGGCUUAUUCAAUCCACAAACACGACUGUGGUUGAAGAGAUUGCUUAAUAAAUACUAUAUCGUACACAA